GAAACAAAACUGCCACCGCUUCGUCAUUGAAUCGCAUUCGCUAGUGAGUCUUGUCAGAGAUAACUUCGUAACGCUGAUUUUCAGUUUGAAUAAAUUUUAUUAUACCAUACAGAAAAAAAAGAGUCAAAAGAAAGUUUUGUUAUUGGGAAACAAUUGAUAACAAUUUUUUAGCAAUCACCACCACGUUUGAAAUUUUGAAAGAAAGUCUACAAUCACAUCGAUCAACAAUUCAAUUUUAAAUCGAAUAUAUUUGCGAAACAACAAUUUUUUUCUUAACUCGUAACCUGUUUUAUUCGUUGGGUAAACGUUGGGUAAAGACCUUAUGAAUUUUCUAGAGAGUUUUGGCAACUUUUAAAUCAAUCACAUUUUUUAUCAACAAUCCAUAAUCAAAGAAGCAAAAAAUCAACGUCUUUAAUCGCAAAAUUGCAACUGGAUUUUCAAUUAAAACAAAGAAAACUAACAUUUCUCGAAUGUUCUAAAUGUUAAAAGCCACACCACAGCUAAGAAACACACUAUGUGCAUGGAACAGCUUGAGCAAAUAUACAUAUAUUAAAAAAGAGUAAAGCAAAAAAGGCACUCGCACGAAUAAACGGUUGAAUAAAUAUAUGUAUUUCGUUGUAUAUACAUUUAAUUUAUCGUACGUUGAAUGAAUAAAAUUAAAAGAAAACGGGUAUUCAGAAAGUGAACAAUGCCAAUUCCUUUGUGCACAAAAGCAACUGCCAAAAUUGUCGAUUUUAAUUAAAGAAAAGAAACGAAGCAGUGUGUCUCUGUGUGUGGAAUCUCUUAAUUGUGUUAAAAUUCGAGUGUUUUGAUUUUGGACUUAACAUUGACUGCGCCACCAAUUGAAAGUGUGAAAAGUUUUUUUUCUGUCGAAUUGAACUGAACCGUAAUUCUGAAGAUUUAUUUAUUAACAUUAUUGUUGUAAAAACAAAAGAGCAACGAAAGCGCGAAAAAGACAUUUUAUUUCAAUUUAAAAAUAGCAUAGACAUUGCAAUUUUAAACGAAGACGUGGUUGAGAGCACGGUCGCUUCGCCUUUGAAUCUGGCAAAAAUCGACUGGAAUUGAUGCAUAGAAUCAACGGACGCGUGAAAUACAGUGCGAAUUUUUUCUUUUUUGUUUGUUUGAUAUCGUGUGUGCCUGUGUGUAUAAAUCGCAUAAACUUUUCAAUGUAGUACGUGAAAUAGUUGAAGGCAAACUCAACUGAACUGAAUUGAACUGAGCGUAACCAGAAAGCGGGAAAAAGAGUGAGAGAGAGCCCGCGUAAUUCACAGCUCUAUGAGAGAUAAAUUGCAUUCCAAGAUACAACUUUGUUGGUCUUCUUCGCAUUCGUGUUGAUGCUUUUUUCGAUUAUCGAAUUAAAAUCGCCCGAGAGAACGAGAGACAUACUAAUCACGGUGCUAUUAUGAAAUAUUCGCAUUUGGGCGCCAUCGAUUAUUACGAGCAACUUGAUUGAAUAUAAUUAAACGAUACGUAUCACGACAACACAAUUCAAUUAAAUCCAAUCAAAAGUCAUUUUUUUGUUUUAAAUUGUUGAUGUUUAGCUGUGCUUAAAAAGAAUUUUAACGAGACACAACUCAUUAAAAGAGAGACAAGAAAAUUCAAAAUUCGACAACAUUUUGUUUUGGUUUUCAUUAAAUAAAAAGGGAUAGAAAAGUGAAGAAAAACGAAAUAUUGGCUUCUUGUUUAUGGUCGCUGCUACGUUUGAACGUUUUAUUUUUAGCUGAGCCGAAGCAAAUACUUGCCACUGCACUCAAUUCAUAGAAAUCGUGCGACAAGAAGGCAUAACCAACAAAAAAGAAACUGGGUUAAUAAAACAAUAUACUUGGUGCGCUGUGCAUGUGAAACAGAAAACUGCUGACUGAAUUCAAUUGUAUUAUUUUGAAAAUUUUAUAAGCAAAAAGACGCUUUUUUUGCACACAAUCAAUUAACGUAAUUAUAUAAAUAGUUUUGGAAAAGAGGAAAAGAAAAAUGGAACAAAAACCACGUUCGCGUGCCAACACUGUUAUUGGACAAAUCAAAUGGUGGACAUCAAAUCAUCAUCUUACCAAUAACAAUAACAACAACAAUUGCAAAUCGUUUGGCAGUUCCAUUGCGGUGCAAAAAUUGCGCGAAUCGAAAUGGUUUGGACCAGAUGAAUCGCGUAUAUUUUGUGCUGUCAUCGAAUGCGGUUUCAUUGUGGAGACGCGCGAAGGCAAAGAAAAUGGUGGAUGGUUUGGAGUUGUUAAUUGCAAAACAUCCAAAGAUAAGAAACCGAAACCAGAAAAUAUUGAUAUUUAUACGUUGAAAACUGCAUCGGAUCGGCGGCUCAAGGUGACGAAAUUAACAUUGGCUGAUGUUUGGAAACAAGGCUGUAUCAUUCGCAUCAAUAAUUUUGGCGAUAAGGAAAAAACACCACAUUCGGAGAAAGAUAUCAAAAACCAGUUAUCAUUCGGUAUGAAAGCCAAACAGCCGCUUUGGCAUAAUUCGCAGCACUUUGCAACCUGGUGCCGAUACGGUGACCGUCAACAGGACAUUCGACGACGGCAGAUAUCGGACUGUGUAAAAUGGGGCAGUGUUGGAAUGAAUGCCGGACUAAUAAUGAUGAUGAAUCGUCGCCAAUCCCAUUCGGCUUCGGCAACGCAUUAAGUCUGCGUCGACGAAGAAAAACAAACAUGUUUACCGUGAAUAUACUGUUUACUGUUCAACGAAUUGCUAUUUAUGACGUGUAAAUGUGUGUGAGGAAAAAUUAUUAAACGAAAAAAAAAAAAUCUUCUUCGUGAAAUACACAGGAGUUUUCAACCCACAACCGAACACAUGACGAAUGUUAAAUUUAUCAUUUCCGAAACUGAAUCUUCAAAAUAUGCAAAUCGAAACCAAAAAGAAAACCUGAGACAAAAAAACAUUGACAUUUGUGAUACAGAGUGAACUUUCUGGACAUUUUUUUAUUGUACAAAACACAUUUUUGUUAAACGUUUAUAUUUUUUACUAGUUAAGUUUAUAAUGACUCAAAACGAUGAAAAACUGCUACACUUUCAACAUUUUCAAUGGAACAAGAAUCACAACCAACAAAAAAGAGAAAAACUUUUUCACUGCAAAAACCGAUUUCAUGAGAUUUGAUUUUGGUUAUUUAUUUUUUCACAUACUCAUAUAACGAAAUUGCUUGCGUGUACCAAUGAGAUUAUCAGACAAUUCUGUUAGAACAAUUUUCGAUAAAAAAAAUCAAAAAAAAUAUUUCCACUUGGAUACACACAGUUUCAGCACAAAAAAAAAAGAUAUGAUGAAUGAACUGUAGCGUUAGCACAGAAGGAAUAUGAAAAAUCGAUACUACUAUUGAAUUUGUCGGAGAACAUCAUUUUUGCGUGGGAUUGUUAUAUAAAAAUAUCUGAACCAAUUCGGAAGUGAAUGAACACUGCGAGGAAACUUUUUGAAAGAACGCAAAAAAAAGAAUACAUAUAUAACAAUGUGGGUGCCAAAAUCCACAGAAAUCCUUUCAUCUCAUCAUUCUUCUCGGAUAACAACAACUUUUUGAGAAGAAAAGAAAUUCUUUUUUUUUAUUUAACCACCAUAAAUUAUACUAUACAUCUCUCUAUACACCUUAUAUACAUUGAGAGAAAAUGUAAUCAUUUAAGUGUUUAUUUAUGCCACAAUUUAAUGGAGUUUGGAGUUAUUGGCAAUGAAAGGGAGGUAAGGCUGAGAAAAUGUUGCAAAGAUGCAAGAUUUAAUUGAAAUUUUUUUUUGGAUUGUACUUAAGAAAGCUGCAGUCAAUAAUCAAAGAUCAGAAACAUACAAAACAGAAAAACUAACUGUAGAUAUAUUGCACACUUGUUGUGGCUUUUAUCGCAGCACACAGAAUAAAUACACCACAGAAAUUCUAUCAAAGAACCUGAUAUUUAUUAAUUGCUGUUUAUAGUAAAACUCAAUCUUAUAAGAAUGACGCUCGUUGCGAAGCAUUUGUGGUAGCAGUCCAUGCAGAAGAGGACGAGAGAAAAUCAAAACGAUUGUAAUUAUUAUCAAUAAAGCGUUAGUUCGCAUAAUAAAAGUAUUCAAUGUCUGUGAAAAGUGCUUUGCCGAUGGCUAUUGUGUAUGAAAAAAAUUUGGUAUCGAAAAAAAAAACAAAAAAAAAAAUGAAACGCGCAACGCAUAAACGACAACAAACACAUACGUUAAAAUAUGCUUGGGAUAAUUGUUGUUGCGAGCUGUUGUAAUGUUUUGAAAUUAUAAAUGACAUUUUUUGAAUAAAAAUAAAUUUUAUUGGUAUUAUUAUUAGAAAA